CGAAGGCACACAGGGAUCCAGUGAGCGACAGAUCGGGAUGAGAGAUAGGCAGAGAAUGAGUCAGCCUACCAAAUGUACCACCGCAUCUUUAUUUAUGAAAUCAAUUUGAUCAAAGGCGUUUUUCGGAUCAACACUGGACUGAAAUAAUCAAGCUUUGGAUACGUUUGAAUUUUGUUGUAUAAUUUUUCUUCUGCCUCGUCGCCCUGUCUUUUUCUUUCAGUUUUUCCCUUUUCUUUAUUUUUAAAUAGGUGGUGGACUGGAGGUGUCGACCGUGGAGAUUAUAUAAUUAAAAUUCAUUUGGAACUUUAUAGACAUUGUGAUUUUUCAAAUUCUUUGUUGCAUCAAUAAACGAAGAUGUCGGGGCAGAGCAUUACUGACAGGAUAACUGCAGCCCAGCACAGUGUAACUGGAUCUGCUGUGUCGAAAACAGUAUGCAAGGCCACCACACAUGAAAUAAUGGGUCCGAAAAAGAAACAUUUGGAUUACCUGAUCCAUUGCACCAAUGAGAUGAACGUGAACAUUCCCCAGCUGGCUGACUCACUGUUUGAGAGGACCACCAGCACGAGCUGGGUGGUGGUCUUCAAGUCGCUCAUCGCCACACACCACCUCAUGGUCUACGGCAAUGAGCGUUUUGUCCAGUACUUGGCUUCAAGGAACACAUUAUUCAACCUCAGUAAUUUUUUGGACAAAAGUGGUUUACAAGGUCUCUCUCUCCCAGGCUACGAUAUGUCCACAUUUAUCCGGAGGUACAGUCGAUAUCUGAAUGAGAAGGCUGUGUCAUACAGACAGGUUGCCUUUGACUUCACUAAAGUAAAGCGAGGGGUGGAUGGGGUGAUGAGGACCAUGAAUACAGAGAAGCUACUGAAGACCAUCCCUAUCAUACAAAACCAGAUGGACGCCCUCCUCGACUUCAAUGUUAAUGCCAAUGAGCUCACAAACGGAGUGAUCAAUGCAGGGUUCAUGCUCCUCUUCAAAGAUUCCAUUAGGCUUUUUGCUGCAUAUAACGAAGGCAUCAUCAACCUGCUGGAGAAGUACUUUGACAUGAAGAAAACCCAGUGUAAAGAGGGCCUGGAUAUCUACAAGAAGUUCCUGACCCGAAUGACCCGAAUCUCAGAGUUCCUUAAAGUGGCAGAGCAGGUGGGGAUUGAUCGAGGAGACAUUCCAGACCUUUCCCAGGCUCCCAGUAGCCUUCUGGAAGCUCUGGAGCAGCACCUGGCCUCACUAGAGGGGAAGAAAGUCAAAGACUCCACCGCUGCCAGCAGGGCCAGUACUCUAUCCAACGCAGUGUCCUCGCUGGCCAGUACAGGGAUGUCUUUUACUAAAGUAGACGAGCGGGAGAAGCAGGCUGCUCUGGAGGAGGAACAGGCUCGUCUCAAAGCACUGAAGGAACAGAGGCUGAAGGAGCUCUCGAAGAGGCCUUCCUUUGCCACCACAGACACGUCUCCUGUCUCCACCACUGGGGUCACUAUCAGCACAGCCCCAGCCAUCGACCUUUUCUCCACACCCAGCUGCUCCAAUGGUGCUCUGAAGAUGGAGAGUGACCUGUUUGACAUUCAGCAGACGUUUAACCCUUCAAUGCAGGCCAGUUCUACAGGGCUUCCUGUGGCCACAGCAUGGGCAGACUCCUUCUGUAGUGGUCCAGUGGCCAUGGCCCAGCACCUUCCACACCAGGCUCCCUACCCCACUGAGCCCUCUACUGUAGCAGGUCAAUUCAGAGGGUACUCCACAGCAACACAGGCCCCUCCCCCAGGAGCACUCCAAGUGGACUUCGAGUCAGUCUUUGGAGCCAAAGCUUCCGGUGCUAACAACAUGGAAUCUGAUGACAUCCUGAAACCCACCAUGGUUGGCUCCAAUCAGGCCCUGUGCUCAAUCAAUCAGCUGUCAGACAAACUGGUAGGAGAUGACCUGGACUCCUCCCUGGCCAACCUGGUGGGAAAUCUCGGGAUUGGAAAUGGCACAACGAAAAAUGACAUCCACUGGAGCCAGCCUGGGGAGAAGAGGCUGACUGGCGGUAGCAACUGGCAGCCCAAAGCAGCCCCAAACACCACCUGGAACCCCGUCUCCAUGACCCCCCCAGUCAUGGCCUACCCUGCAACAACACCCACAGGCAUGAUGGGAGGAUAUGGCAUGCCACCCCAACAGCUUGGCUCUAUGGGUAUGAUGAACCAACCCAACAUGAUGUACAACCAGCCCGUCAUGAGGCCGCCCAACCCCUUCAGCUCUGUAUCCAGCGCCCAGCCCUCUGCAGCCUCUAGUCCUUCCAGCCAGAGUCCUCUCAGAGCCCCUGGACAGGACCCAUUUGCACAGCUCUCUCUCAAGGAUUUCUUGUAGAGCGUCUCUUAGAUGCAGUUCAUGUAAUACGAAGUGUCUCUCAGAAGAUGAAGCACUUAGCAGCAAAGCUUUGUCCUCGUUGCCAGUCUAACUCUUCACAGAAAUGUUCACCCCCUCCCCCCAAAUACAGACAUGUCAAGAACACAACGAACAGUGCAACGACUGGAGGAAAACCAUGGAAACCAUGUCCAAAUGACGCUGGGAAGAAGAGAAUUCACCACCCAUUAUUCUGUCAUUUGUCCAAGACCUCAAGUGAUGCUGCUGUAAAAAAAAAAUGAAAUAAACCUAUAGGGAAUCCACCGCCAUUUUAUAAUCUGUAAAGAUAGCUAUGGGUGCUGAGAGACUUUGAUAUCUAAUGUACUUGGAAAUACUACUGUGGUUGGAUAUAACAGCUUGGUGUUCUAAUCGAGGGGGAGGGGGGACAUGAAGAAAGAGGAAUCCUUCCCUCUCUUGAUCCGAUCAUCAGUCAUCCAUUUCCUAGUUAUUUAACUGUCACUGAGUAGUGAUGCUAAUGACGUUUACACCUGUUUUAGUUUGUCUUUUUUACUGUGUUUACAGUAGACAUUCCUUGUGUGUUUUAUUUAUUUAUUAUUUGGUUUUAAGACUGGGGGAAAAAUCUAUAGUACAUUGAACACCUGUGGGAGUGCUUCAGCAUUAAACAUGGAUGUUGGAUUGUUUCAUUGGAGAGGUAAAGAAAAUAGAUAUUAUAUAAAAUACACAUAUAAAUGCAAUGAUAGAGCACUAAAUGUUCUCCAAGUUUUGUGUUAAGAACAAUUCUUACUAGCUCAAAUCUCAUGAUUUCCCCUGUACAAGCGGAGUAGGGGGUUCCGGUAUGAGUCAGUAAUCUAUAUAGUCAAUUCUGUGCCUAGAGUUUUUUGCAAUGGAACAACUUUUCUGUCUAGUUGAAAAACACUUCAUCCACGUUUCUGAAGCAUCACACUGGGGUGGGAUCCAUUUUGCUUUAAGCUUGGCAUGCCAUCGACUCACUGACCAUUUAAAUGGCUGCCUUUACUCUGAAUGUGAAAGAAUUGCUUUUAUAUUGCACGCAUCUUUACACGCUACCCGCAACAGCUCCUCAGCUCUGACUCCCUGGGAGCCAGACGAGAGGAGAGUGUGUCUGGGUGUUGCAGAUACGAAACAAGGGUUACAGUUUUGAUGUAAAUUAGUUGUAUAAAGAUCCAGUGGAACAGGGUGAGAGAGGGGCACUGUUGAUCGGUGCUCUGUGUAUAUAAAACUGACUGUUCAACGGAGAGGGAAGUGAAAGAUGUAUGAAAUAUGAAAGCAAUUCAAUCAAAAUUUAACUCUAUCUAAGUUUGAUUCAGGAUAUUUUCUGCAUUUGUCCUGCGCAGAUUAUAUUUUGUUUAUGUAAUUAGAACGUGUAGCAGACAUUAACUGAGUUUUUUUCUUUUUCAAAUAAAGAGCAGCUUCCACAAAGUGAUGUUCUUAAA